AUGUCCGCAGCAGCAAAGCAGCGUCUUCAGGCUUUGAGUAAGCAGCUCGUUGAGGGCAUUCCCUCCGAGGGCACGUUCGAGAACAUCCCUAAGAUUCGCCAUGUGGCCUCAGAUUCGGCAGGCCCCCGAGUAAAGGACAAGGUUGUCAUCGUGACUGGUGUGUAUCCGCCAGCUUCAAUUUCAAAGCACUCGGCUAACUUGGAUGCAGGUGCAAACUCACCCAAUGGCAUUGGGCGUGCAAGUGCGCAUCAGUUUGCCAACAAUGGCGCCAAAGCAGUCUACAUCUGUGACUUCAGCGCCACUCAUCUGGAGACGCAUAAGCGAGAGAUGGAAUCCCUCUACCCAAAUGUUGAUAUCCACAUUCGCUCAUUUGAUGCUGCCGAUGAAAAGGCCCUGGUGGGCGUCAUUGAUGAAGUAAUCAGCAAGUAUGGUCGACUGGAUGUCUUUUUCGCCAACGCCGGCGUUCUAGGCCAACCGACGAUGUUCACUAACAUCGACGCUGACGGAUUCCUGAACACAAUGCGAGUAAAUGCUCUUGGCGUCUUUCUUGCAGCAAAACACGCUGCCCCAGCGAUGAAGAUUACGUCCGCCUCAAAGCCGUACCCAGGUGGUUCAAUCAUCGGCACAGCAUCCGUGGCAGGUCUCCGCUCCAACGCCGGUUCAACGGACUACUCCGCCUCGAAAGCCGCCGUGAUCUCGAUCGCGCAAACUGUAUCCUACCAGCUCGCAGGCACGGGUAUUCGCAUGAACGCAAUCUGUCCCGGGCUGAUCGAGACGGGGAUGACGCAGACGGUAUUUGACCGGGCGCGGGAGCGUGGUACGGAGCGCAAGAUUGGACAAUUGAAUCCACUGCAGCGAGGUGCUGUAGCUGAUGAGGUUGCGCGUGUUGCGCUCUUCCUUGGUAGUGAUGAGAGUAGCUAUGUCAAUGGACAGGCUUGGGCUGUUUGUGGUGGUUUGAGUGCUGGACACCCUGCUGUACCAGGAAAAUUGGCUUGA